UACCGAAGGUGCUAGCUGAGUUAGGAUUUGAUAAGAACAGGCUUUGAUUCAACAUCAGACAGGUGCCUACUGUCAGCGUGCCAUCAUCGGGAUUCGAUUACUCGUCGUGAUCAACCACCAAUGACAAACAGUGCCUUUUCGGGAAACAUGAUUUAAUUGUUGAGUGAUCGCUUCUUAAUUAGGAGUUAAAUAUUCAACUAGAUUUAUUGACAUUGCCAGGUCAUAUUUGCCGUGAAACAAAGAAGAAGAUUUGAAAAGGAAGAAGUGACACUCUGGCGGCGAUGUUGGUUCGCGCGUCUUACACUUUUCUUUUCAUUCUUGCGGUUUGCUGUUGGUUUAGACAUAAUGCUGCGGUUCCACUUGCUUCUUAUUCAUUAAAUCAAAUGCAGGAUGCAUUCAAAGAGAAACAAAUAGAUUCUGAGAGUGAUUUGAAUGACUCUAUCUUGAAUUCUCGUUCCAUAAGAGAAACGGAAACGAUUAGUGAUAAAAAAAUAACUUCGAAAGAGGAGAUAUUUCAUCCUUUUAUUGAGAAGAGAUCAGAAGAUAUCACGAAAUCUUUAUCUACAUCAAAAGAAGAAGAAGAAAUAAUUUCUGAAGUAGUAACUGAAGAGUCAACUCCGUUUGCAUUCGCGAAAGAUAUUUUCACAAAGUCUUUGGAAGUAUAUGCGUCUCAAUCAACAGCAUCUGUUGAUACUAGUUCAUUGGAAACAAAGAUUACUGAAAGCUCUAGUGCGAAAGAAAUGGAAGAAUACUCGAAACCCGAAGAAGACAGAGAUAAAAGUUCUACUAUACUGACAAGCGAAGAAUUAGGAAAAGUAGACUAUAUUUCAUCUUCAACCGAGAGCAUAGUGGCUUCAAGUGAAGUUGAUAUUGAGUCAGAUAUUAGCGCGAAAUCACCAGAAUUGAUCGAAUUCACUAAAGAACCUAUGAAACCUGAUCGGAUUUUCGAUAAGUUAUCUGAGAAGCCAAUUUCGACAAAAAAUGUAUCAAAAACUGUAACUAUGGAGUCAUCAAAAAUAACUGAGCACUCGACUGUCACAAAUGUAGCAACGACUACGUUGAUCCCUCCAGAAGAUGACAGUAAGUCGAUUAAACAUAUUGCGAUGAACACCCGAAGAAAUACGAUUACAAGUACGCCGCAGCAUAAGUUGAAGAUCAAGAUCCUUCUGGAGCACAUUAAUGAGAACAAGGAGAAACACAACUUGGUCGAGGUGGAACACUUAUCGCUGGACGAGAAUCCAGAACAUCAUCUUAAUUCUGAUUUACUCGAGCAAUUGAAAUCCUUGUAUGAUUCCGUCAAUAUGAAGAUCAUAAGCGCAUUGUUGAAUUGUAUUAGCUUGGACAAUUUGACAAAAAAUUUAAAUUUUGUCAACGAAGAACCAGAUAAUGUUGACAGUGAUACAGAAUUGGAAUUUACGAAUACUGAUUUUGAGAAUUUUAACUCAGAACAGUUUAUUUCAGAUUCCGACGAUGCUAAAAUUGAUUACUCUGAAUAUGAAGAACACGUAACAUCUCGCAGACGAAGACGAAGAAGUCUUGAUAAUGAAAUGGAAGAUCUAAAUAAAUUUCGACAAAAUCUUUAUGAUUCCACUGAUUCUACGGUUGAUGCUUUUAAUAUUUCACAAACUCAGAAUACUGAGUUAACAAACACAACUUACAACUUACAACUUUUCACAACGACAAAUUACUCCGAAGAGGAAACAACUACUAACGAUUAUACAGAAAGUGAAAGAAACGUGACUAAAGAAGAAAAUCAAAGUACAAUGCCUUCGAUAAUAAUAAUAAAUCUUAGCAAUGUUGAUCUAUCAAACGCUUCGGAAUCUCGUGAUAUUAAUAUGACAAAAGAUGUACAGUUAAACAUGACAACAUAUAAACCUGAAGAAGAAACAAAUAACACUAUGUAUAUAGAAACAAAUACAACUAAUGACACAAAUAUGAUUAAUGAAGGAAAUGAAAGCACAGUACCUUCGACAAAAAACAACAUGAUUAACGAAACAAAAAUGGAAGUUGUGCGAGAGACAUUAUCAGGAAUACAGGAAGAUGUUGUGGUCGGAUUACAGCAUAUGGUAUCGCAAUUAACGCAAAAUAAUUUGACUUCAAUCAAUAACGUUAAAGAAGCCAUCAAAACAAAUUUGUUGGGUAUCUUAAUGAAGCCCAGGGGGUCAAUUAAGAAGAAAAAGAGCCACGGAAGAAAUUGGAUACUGAUCAAAUGAAAGGAUCAAAGAGGCGCCAAUGGGUGGCAAUCUUAAAAGUUUCACUGAAUUCACAUUGUACAAAAUUCUUUUUUGAGAUGUACAAGAUGAAAUUUUAUUUUGUUAUUUUGUAAUGUCAAAAGAUUUCAAUGAAGCUGAAAUAAGGAAUUACGUUGUAUGUAUAAGCCUUAUUGUACAUUAUAAUUUAAUCAAAUGUGUAAAUGUAUGUUACAAAAAACUUUACAAUACAUAUUAAAUUGUCUUUUAAAAUAUUGUAGAUG